AUGAAUCCAGGAGAGAAAACAUUUCAAGAAUACCUGACAAAUCAGGGGACUGUGGUAAAGCCCUACUGCUGGCAGAGACAGAACCACACCUGUGGGAGGUGUCCCUACCACAUACAGACUGGGGAAGAAGCAAGAGUCCCUUAUGCAGAAUUUCACAGGGUCUUUGGCUUCCCAUACAGAUCAACAGCAACUAUCCAAAACAAACACCUUCUCUUCUAUGAACUGAGGAGUUUCUCAGGCAGAGUAGUCCAAAAAGGCCAUGCUACAAACUGUACUGACCAAGACAACCAUCCAGACUCUAUGCUGUUUGAGGUGGGUGGUUAUCUGGAUGCAGUUACAGAUGCCUAUGAAAACACCGGAUGCAUCAUUCUCUAUUUAAAUUACUCUCCUUGUAAUGAGGCUAUCCACUGCUGUGUAAGCAAAAUCUGUAACUUCUUGCUGAAGUAUCAAGAAGUCACACUCAGCAUCUAUUUCUCUCAGCUUUAUCACACUGAGGACGGUUUCCUCACCGCCAUAUGGAACCGCGAAGCUUUGUGGAGCCUCUCCAGCCUGUGGCCUUGGGUGACUCUGCAGAGACUGCCUGGGGGGGGCAUGGCAUACCUCCUCUGCAAUUCUGGGUAUAGCAUCCCAGGGUCAACACUUCAUCAUUCAACUUGUGAUGAGUAA